AUGGGAGUCUCGACGUCAAGUCUUCCAGCAAUUGCGUUUACCAUAUUGGCAGUAAUUAUGAGUUUUCUGAGGAAAUACAAACCGUUUCAAAGUUGGUUUAUCGCAAAGCUCGAGAAUUCUUUCGUAGAUCAUUUCACAUCAGCAAAGCAACUAGUAGUAAAUGGUGAUUUUUCGUUGACAAGAACUUCCAAGAAUUUCAAAACUGCUGGAGAUACUACUCUGUAUGAUUUAUCUAAGGCGCUAUCACAUUUGAGUGAAUACCUAGUUAGAGCGCAGGGGCAAAAUGGUGUUAUAUUUCAAAGAACUAAAGAAUUGCCACCAGAUGUUAGGGAUCAAUUGAAGACGUUGAGCUAUUUUUCCAAGAUUCAAAAUGUCAAUAUCAGCCUUCAAAACAAUUAUAAGGUGGUGGAAUCGGUUAUCAGGUACGUACUGGAGCAAUUGAUAAAGAACAAUGCCAAUAAUUUGGAAAAAGGGCUAAGAGAUCAAUUGAAAGCUACGUGCUUGGAAUUUGGCUAUGUACUGAGUGAGAAGAAUGAAUUAUGCAAAAAUUCUGAUAAUACAAUCGUUGCAAUGUUAGAGUCCAAUCAAUACAGAGUUUCUGAAGCGAUUUCACAUCUAUGUCGUGAUUGGAGUCCCAACUUUAGAUGUGAAAGGGAACCUUUUAAUCAAUUUUUCAAAGAGAGAAUAUUAUCUUUAGGGCUCCCAGAAGAUGAAAAAGUACUUAUUUUAGUUCCCGGUGCAGGUGUAGGUCAACUUUCUCAUUUUUUGGCUACGAAUUUCCCACAUUAUGCAGUAGAUUCUAUUGAAUGGUCUGCAUUAAUGUACAUCUGUGGUCAAUUUGCCCUUGGGUAUGGUAAAGAUGUCGAAUUGAGCCCCUUUGCAUUACGUUAUUCAGGUCAAUUGGAUUGUGCGAGGCAGAUUAGAACAGUAGAAGUGCAAUUAAGCGAAGUGAGGAGAUCCUCGAAUUUAAGAUUUCAUUGGGGUGAUUUCUGUGAGUUUAUCCCAACUGAAGAUCAUUAUGAUAGCAUUGUUGUUUGUACAGAAUUUUUCAUCGAUACUGCAGAAAAUCUAUUUGAAUACUUCGAAACCAUCGAACGGUUCAAAAAUCGAUGCAACAACCUGCACUGGAUUAAUGCCGGUCCUUUAAAAUAUGGUACAAGACCGUUAGUACAAUUAAAUGCUAUGGAGUUGAAUAAAUUACGUCAACUAAGAGGUUGGAAAGAUAUACACGAAUCAAACGUUACUGAUUACAAUCAUCCACUGAUAGGAUACUUAACGGAUUAUGGAUCUUUAUUCCAGUGUUACUACGGAGCACUAAAAUUUCAUUCUACCUUUGCCACAGAUCGGAAAUAA